CUGCCGUGCCUGUCAUUAUGCAUACAAUUACCAUCAAGGUCUCGCGGAUGUGACACACACUCUCAUCAUGUCCUACGGAAGCUGCUUUCCUGUGCAUGCCAGCUAUACAUGAUAAAUGAUCCAUCGUCGCUUUCUCUAAAUGUCCUGAAAGUCGUGGCCGCCACUGAACGCGCAGGAAUUUCAUACGUCACCGCGACGCGCUUUUCACAAUUUCUACGAUUGCAUUGCACAUUGCACAUGCUGUGUCGCCGCUCGCAUUUCUAAGCAUUCCCGCGUUUGACGUUCUUUUCAUACGAUAGAAUGGCGAUCGCCUGUUCUGAUGACAAUGAAUUUGACGGGCGACUCGGACUGAGAAUCAGCUCCAUCUUCGUCAUUUUCAUAGGCGCUUUUAUAGGCUGCUGGCUGCCCGUGCAUGUCUCUCGCCAUCGACAUGUACAGUCUCCAGGGAGAUUAUGGACGUUUGCGAAAUAUUUCGGCUCCGGCGUCAUUUCGGCUACAGCAUUCAUACAUUUGCUCGCUCCUGCAGGAGAAGCUUUAAACAAUCCAUGUCUCGAUGGAGUCAUUUCGGAUUAUCCCUGGACAGAAGGAAUCUGCCUCAUGAGCAUAUUCGCUCUAUUCAUUGCAGAGUUACUGAUGGUCCGGUAUGUCAAGCUUGGGCGAAGAUCGAAUAAGAAUCAUCAAGAUUUGCCCGAUGAGAAUGGGCAAGCAUAUGGGACCGAUCGAUCGAGUGCUCAGGGACAUACGGCGACUCCGGAGGCACCAUAUCAGGACAAUCCGAGCCAGCCGUCGGUCGGCGCAGACAUAGAGGCCCACUCGGCUGAACAGGCCGAAUCAGACGACACGCACGUUCCAAGCAGUAGUGCUACGCUGGUAAAUCCUGAGGAAACCCUUCAUCUUCACGGAGAGUCUUAUGCGAGUCAGAUUACGGCCGUCAUGAUCCUCGAAUUUGGGGUGAUUUUCCACUCGGUCUUCAUCGGAUUGACGCUCGCCGUCGCAGGUGCUGAGUUCGUGACCCUGUUCAUAGUCCUUACUGUGCAUCAGACCUUCGAGGGCCUGGCGAUCGGAUCCCGACUAGCUACAAUCGACUGGCGAGGCCGACAGCGGUCCACCCCGUAUUACAUGGCAUUUGGAUACGCGCUAUCGACGCCUGUCGCCAUUGCCAUCGGCCUCGGGGUGAGGAGUUCCAUUCAUCCGCACAGCAGGACGUCCUUGAUGGUGAACGGCAUCUUCGACUCCAUCUCAGCAGGUAUCCUGAUCUACACGAGUCUGGUUGAGCUCAUGGCGCAUGACUUUAUCUUGAAUGAGAGAAUGCAGACGGCACCUGCGCGCGAGGUGUGGGGUGCCGUGCUGUGUAUGAUGCUUGGUGCGGCAUUGAUGGCUCUCCUGGGCUAUUGGGCGUGAAGGGUUUUGAAAUUCGGCUAUCGCCUGGAUUCAUGGAGAGGACAAAGAGUGGAUGGACUGCAUUUUUUUUCGGGGCAUUGUUAUCACGGUAGAGGUUUUUCCAGCCGCAAUUAUCUCCACCUUAUUUUACUGGCAGCGGCUCGCAUUCACUACUUCCAGUAGAAGACAGCUGCCAUGGACGCAACCCAUCGAGGACGUCGUUGAAAGGCAGCAUGUACACUAUCAGCGUUACAUCGGGUACUAAGAAGAUGAGUGUAGUACAGAGAGGCGAAGACUAUUAUGAGGAGAACACGC